AUUCGGUGGUGUCGAUUUGUCAUCACUAGUCAAUCUCCGUUCAGUUGAGUAGGUUGUGUUUACCUAAACGGGUGGACUCUUUCGGUCCGUAGGAGUUUUCGGAGUGUGUUUGAUUGUGGCUUUGGGAAAAUUGGAGCACGUUACUGUUUUGCGUUGGAAGAAUGGGUGUGCUGAAAGGAUUCAUCAAGUUCAACGGCUACACGGUGGCUGUUACGUGCAUAAACUACUCGCUGACGCGAGUGCUGGAGUCAAAUCUGGAGGGGAAAAUUCUAGACAACUUUUCCUGGUUGAAAACUUUUCUAGCAACUGCGAGUCAACCGUCAUCGAUAUCGUACAUAGGCCUGCUAAUUGCCAGUAUUACGCUAUUCCUAGGAAUAUUCUGGGAAUGCAAGGCCUUAAUGAUCCCAUUUGUGAUCGCCUACAUGGAAGUGCUGUACGAGGAGACGGAUGGUACUUUUCUAAUGGCAAAGCUGUGGGAGGUGAUAUUCACCUUUUACGCGGCACUCAGUCUGUUGAUGCUGUUCUCGAUGGGAAUAUGUACCUGCUGUAGCGGUAAGGACGACCGUGGAAAACCGAAAAAUUCUUGGAUAUCCCAGUGCUGUUGGACGUUCUGGUGCUGCCGAUGCUGUCGCCGAGGUCGUGAAGUUCAUCCGGCUUUCGACGCCAAUUCGCACUGUUCGUGUGAGACGCUGAACAUCAGAACAGCCGGACCAGACGAUAAGCACUAUCAUCGGGUGAUAUUCGUGUAGGCGGAAUUGGCACGAUGACGACGGUUUUUGAUGAAACAGUAUUUUGUUAAUCAGCAACGAGCCCGAUGACCAAAGAGUUCAAGCCAAUGAUGCGGACAGUGGGUAAUGGCUCGGUUCAAUGACACAACCAUACCCAUUCCUCGGAGGAUUGAUCAUCGAACGAUGAGCCAGCGAUCUUGAGCGGAUCCUGGUUUCGACGAAAACGAUUACUUUUAACAUACGAGUAAUGAUCCCACCUUUUAUGUAAGACAAAGAGAGAGCCUACGAGUGGGUCAUUAGAGUGUAUUUAGGCGAGCGAACGAAGUUGCCAUGAAGUGAUUUGUGAAAUUAGUGAUGCUUAGAAAGUGAUUUAGAAAAUUAUAUGCAGCAAAUCAAUCCAGAGAAAAUAUAGCAAUUGUUAAGUGAGCAACAACACAAGGACGAUCGGAUGAUUUCUGUGAAAUCCAGUCCUUUAGGGUGCAAAUAUUUAUAUGUGAAUUUAGAUGUAUUUACAAACUGCCUAUCUCCUACGAAUUAUUUCCAUCAAACUGAAACUGCUAUUUACUCAGUAGGGAAAAUCGAAUAAAACUUGAAGUUUCAAAAAAAUCGAACUCCUUUUUCCAACAAGCCAAUUAAAAAUGCAUUUUUCAAGAUCCCGCCCAUCCAAUCAGUCAAUUAGUCACAGAGAUUUAAUGAUUGGAAUUAACCGAAAGGUUAUCAUUCCCCGUGAGUCAUCUGAAAAACAAUCGCUACAUAUGUAAGAGCAAGGCACAGGUGUGAAGCGAUUCCUACAACAGGCGAAUGACAAUUAGUUUAUGACAGCUUUGCGAGAGAUGAGGUAUUUUUUUUUUGCUGAAUGUUUAUUAUUUUGAAUCGAUUUCCAUUGGAAAUCGCGGGUGCUGUGGCAGUGUGAUGAAUUGACGUGAUUGAUGAUCAUAGUAAUUAAGUGCGAGAAGCUUCUUUAAACAAACAUUCAAGCACGACUCACCUGUCGUAGGUAAGUCAAUAUUUGCAAAAUCAAUCCACAGUUGGAGGGAGAGCGAGAGAGAUCCUCAGAUUAAUGCAAGUUGAAUGGGGACGUUUUGAAAUCAAGUAGAGUACUUAUAUAUCCCUACCCUUGGUCUAAUAUGAAGCCUGCAAUAACAAUGCCGUAUCUUAUGUAAUAAUUGAGCUGCAGUCGAUAUUUCACUGUGAACAUGCAAGUUUGGA